CCUGGAGGUCUUAGCACUGCCUCUGUUCCCCCAGCUACCAUGUCCACACAGAGACUUCGGAAUGAAGACUAUCAUGACUACAGUUCCACUGACGUGAGCCCUGAAGAGAGCCCAUCCGAAGGCCUUGGUAACUUCUCUCCUGGCUCCUACCAACGCUUAGGGGAGAACAAUAGCACUACAUGGUUCCAGACCUUGAUCCACCUGCUAAAAGGCAACAUUGGCACCGGACUUCUGGGGCUGCCACUGGCAGUGAGAAAUGCAGGCAUCUUGUUGGGUCCUCUCAGCCUGCUGGUGAUUGGCAUCGUGGCUGUGCACUGCAUGGGUAUCCUGGUGAAGUGUGCCCGUCACUUGUGCCUCAGCAAGCCCUUUUUGGACUAUGGGGACACAGUGAUGUAUGGACUAGAAUGCAGCCCCAGCUCCUGGAUCCGGAGCCACUCCCACUGGGGAAGGCACAUCGUGGACUUUUUCCUCAUUGUCACUCAGCUGGGAUUCUGCUGUGUCUACUUUGUGUUUCUGGCUGACAAUUUUAAACAGGCAUGCCAGUUACAGCUGGAUCAGGGCCCGCUUCUCUGCUUCCUGAACACCAUCUACCAGUUCAUCCUCCAGAGAAUCCCGGACCCCCACCAUCUCCCCUUGGUGGCUUCAUGGAAGACCUACCCAUUGUUCUUUGGCACUGCAGUUUUUGCUUUUGAAGGCAUCGGCGUGGUUCUACCCCUUGAGAACAAAAUGAAGAACUCACAGAAGUUUCCAUGUAUCCUGUAUUUGGGGAUGACUAUUGUCACUGUACUCUAUAUCAGCCUGGGGAGCCUGGGAUACCUGCAAUUUGGAGCUGCUAUUAAGGCCAGCAUCACACUCAACCUGCCCAACUGCUGGUUGUACCAGACUGUGAAGCUGCUGUACUCCAUAGGCAUCUUCUUCACAUAUGCUCUCCAGUUCUACGUUGCAGCUGAGAUCAUGGUUCCAGUCAUUGUGUCCCGCGUACCUGAGCAUUGUACACUAUUGGUGGACCUUUGUGUGCGCACUGCAAUGGUCUGCAUAACAUGUGUCCUGGCCAUCCUCAUCCCACGCCUGGACCUGGUCCUCUCCCUGGUGGGCUCUAUGAGCAGCAGCGCCCUGGCCCUCAUCAUCCCGCCCCUGCUGGAGGUGACCACCUUCUAUGAGGAGGGCUUGAGCCCCCUGACCAUCGCCAAGGAUGUCCUCAUCAGCAUCUUUGGCUUCGUGGGCUUCGUGGUGGGGACCUACGAGUCUCUGUGUGAGCUGAUCUUUCCAAGCCACAGCAACACCUCUACCAAUUCCACCAGUGCCUUCAUAUAAGGAUCUGGGUGUGUUCCCUGCACCUACCCAGCCCCACCUUGUGUGUCUCCCAGUAGUGUCCCCACAGCCUCAGGAGAAAGGCUGGGUUGCUGUCUGGGCACUCCACUUGGCAUUGGACCCUUGGGUACCCUGGGCUAGGUGAGACUGAGCUGUGGGGGAUGGUGGGGAGCAGACACUCCGCUUGUGAUGGUGCAGUCACUGCUUUCCUUCAUCGUGCCCCUCCCUCGGGACUGGCCCCCCUCCCCUGCCCUGCCACACCUAAACUAUCCCCAGCACACAGCUCACUUUAUUUACAAGGUAGUAUCCUGCUCCUGACCUUUUCCCCUUUCCAGGGCCAGGGCUAGAUUAAAUAAGUGGAGACUCUGACGUUUUACAAAGCCAGGCCUCUUUCUCAUUGGACUCCCAAAUGCUGUACCUCACUCUCCCACCCAGCUGAGUCCUGAGAGGCUUCCAGACCUCCCAACUCACAGGCCACACCACCUCUUCUCUCAUUUCCUCUGUAUAGGCCAUAAUACUGCCCUCCUGAUUCCUUUAGCUCUUAAAGAUAAUGAGAUGCUGCCCAAAUUGGAGGUAUUUAUAAUUUAUUUAAGCUUAGGUUUUGGGAUCUGACUUCAGACCUGGCAUCAUAGUGGAUUACUUCUCCUUCAUCAGCUUGCACAUGGCUUCUCCUGCCACACAGAAACCUGCUCCAGGGGACCAUGGUAUAUAUCCUCCACCCUCGUGGCCUAGAGGCCAUUCUUUUUGUUUGUUUUUUAUUUUUAUUUGUAUUUUUUUGAGACAGGGUCUCAUGUCACCAAAGUUGGCUUUGAACUUGCUAUGUCAAGGGUGACCUUGAACUCUUGGUCCUCCUGCCUCUGCCUCAGGUAUUGAGAUUACUAGCAUGAGCUGCCACACCCAGCUGGCUCAGAGACCUUAAGCAGAUCAUGUGAGCAUGCACCCCCUCUAGGACUUCCAUUUAUGAGACUGCAGCCAUAUGGGCAUUCGGAAGUACUUGUCAGGGGUGCUGGCUGAGGACUGGGGUGUGGGUUCUGACGUAGACACUACGCACAAGGGUCAUUGUUUACAGUUCCUCGGGAGAGAACAGAAGCCCUGCCUUGCCCCAGGCUGCCUCUGUAUCCUGGGCUUCCAAGGAACCACUAAACACUAACUGUGUCCUAUGUCCAUCCCGCAUCAUGCGUCCUGUAGAGUUACAUGGCUUCUAGAUCUGUCACCUCAGUGUGGGCCUUUGAGGCAGCUAACAAAGUCUGUGGCUUGCCACUGUGCCCCUCUUGGUAUAAGAAGGAUUUUCAAAGGGCAGUCAUUAGCUCCUCGUCCCAGAGUUGUGUGUGUGACUGCACACAUAUGUGCGCAUACACACGUACAUACAUGACAGAGUGGUUCAUGUGUCCUCCACUCUGGUUACCAGGCUCUUAUCUAGAGAUAGGAUUUGCCCUGAACCUUGGUUCAGAGAAAGGAGCAAGAAUUUAACAGGGUCUUGCUUUUGUGUUUGACAGAAGCUAGAAGGGCUGUGACUCAACCUUGCAGCCAAGCCCUUUCCUGCUGUUCUGUCCAGAGUCUGCCGAAUGAUGUCCAGGCCAAAGAAUGGGAAGGGUGGCCUCUGGUCCAAGCAAUGAGGCUAGGAGGAGGCACUGCUGUCUUGCAGGUCCUCAGCCCCUAGGAGAGCAGUGCUUUUUACCCUUUCCGCUCAUUAGCAUCUCCACAGGCGCUUAUGUGUCCAGGUGCCAGCCAGCUGGACUUCACAAAUGUUGCUUUCUGAAGUCUCCAGCUGGAAAAUGCCCAAAGUAGGUUCAGGUGCUGACCUGCUAUUUCUGGACUUGGGUUCCAGCAACCCAAAUGUGGGCCUGGCUCUCUCCUAGAGGCCACCUGAACAUGGCUUCAGGACACUGUAUUCAGAAUUGGUAGAGGCACCCCUAUCCAGGUGUCAAGACCCAAUGCACAAGGCCAGCUGUCUUUUCAGGGCCCCUGGCCUGAGACUGUGUGGAGUGCCUUGUUUAGCAUGAGGGCUAGUGGCAGCUUCCUUGGUGUGAUCUCUUGCUGUGAUCCCAAAGCACUGGUAGUUUGGUGGCUUGACUCUUUCAGGAAGAUCAGGACCUUUCUGGAUGGACACCAGACAGCUGCUAAGCAAAUAGUUCCAGGUGGAAGAGGAGGCUGGUCGUCUGCUGCACACAGCCUACGAGUGCAGCAUCCUCAUGCCCUCUCCUGCUGUCAGUUGGGAGUUAGCUGGCCCCUGGUGAGAAAACACUCAGAACAGGAAGGCUUUAUGAAGAGGAAACCUGCAUCCAGAUGCCCCAAGGGCAAACAGGCUGCCUGAUCCUUGCCAGUCUGUACCCACAGUUCAGAGACCCGUUAUCCCAAACUUGAAUGUGAGUACUUGCUGGGAAGAUGUGAUCCAGCCUGUGCAGCUCACCCUGCCCUUACAGGUGGCAUCAUUUGUAAUGUGCUGCUGUCUGAGUCAGGAGAGGAAUGGGUUAUCUUAGCCCCACCCACCUCACCUUCUUAGCCACCCCAAUGGGAAGGUGCUCACCUUUGGAAGUCAUGGGUUAAGUGUGAUCAGUAGUCUGAAGGCGGAUCCCAGAGCUUGUCCUUAGGCUCUCUUUCAUCCUCAGAUUUCUCCUUCUCUUCAGUGUCAUGUCUUGGACACUACUGUCUCACCUGAUCCUUCCAGGAAGUACGGAGCUUUGAUCAUGUUUACAGCAUUCCCUGUCCUCUGUACAUUGAGGGCACUAGAUAUGGGUUUGCUUUCUCUACUGGCCAGCCCCAGCCACGACUCCCAUCAGGACACUGAGACUUGCUUGAGACCUGAUACGGGAACCAGACAGAGUGGUGGGACGACGUGGCAAUAAGGAGGGUGGCGCCAAGUCGACUUUAGAAUUUCAUUUUCUAAAGUACAUUACAAAUCAGAGGCCAUUAGGGGAAAGCAAGCCAUCUGGCUCGUCUUUGAAACUGUGGUCAAUACUUGAAGGCACUUUAGUCCUGCUGGUCAAGCCAGCUUCUGCCUGAUUGGUUUCCUCCUUUUCUGUGUAUCCCGAGUCAUUCCUGGUCAGGGACAUUAAAAUGUGCUCAUAGACAGUUAUCAGGGAAAAAAAAAAGUGGACAAUGAGGCUGGAAGGUGCAUGGUGUUUGCCCUGUUCUUUGAUUUAAAUCAAGGUGAUGUUAAAGAAACUGUUUUCUUUCUUUUUUAAUGAAAAAUAAAAUUCCAUAUCUGUGUUGUAAACUGUCAGUGGAUGUGUGAAUCAAGGAACUAGAGAACUGCUGUACAGAGAGUCUUGAGAGCCAGACAGUACUGUGUGUCUCGUACCUCCUCUGAUGUGAUCUCAGUAGGGUGAGCGUACACAUGGGGGCAUGUCAGAACGUCUAGGUCUCAGUUGGGUUGAACCCAUGGACCUUGUGUUAAAUUUCCACUUCAAUAAAUGAAUUUUAUUUUUUAUUUUUGA